AUGCUUCCAAGGUUGCCGAACAUUUAUACUUUGCUCUACUUGAGCCUUUGCUUCAAUGUAGUAGUCGCAGGCCUAUUAGGUCCCUAUCCAAGACAAGAUACUUCUGCGACAACUGAGGCCACAAAGACGACACAAGAUGGAGACAAGGGAACAACAACAGCUCCGCCGGACGCCUCGAAAUCCUCUGAUUCGCCGUCAAUAACUUCUUCAAUCGAAGUAACAACUACUGCGACAAGCGAGCCAGCAAUAACUGCGAUCCCCUCUGCCAUAAAUGGGAAUAAUCCGAGUAAUGAUAGCUACUCUGAAACCCCAGCAAUUGUAGAGGGAGAAUUGCCUUUGCAGCCUCGGCUUACGCCAGGAUGGGGUGUCGCCGGCGCAAUAAUGCUUAUCAGUGGUGUCAUAUACACUUUGAUUGGUAUAAAAAAUGAAUGGCUGCAUACGUUUUUCUCCUCGGCAUAUCUGGCCAGCUUAUGUGUAACGGUUUUGAUUGUCUACGUUAUGAACCCGCCCGUAUCGGACGCCAUCCAAGGUGCAUAUGUUGUAGCAGGUGUAUGCACUGGUAUCAUCCUAGGCGGGGCUGCGACAGCUUUCAGGGAACUCACAGAAGGCCUCGGGUGUUUGCUUGGCGGGUUUUGCUUGGCCAUGUGGUUGUUAACCCUGCAUGAAGGAGGAUUGCUUCCUUCGACUACCGGCAAAGUCAUAUUCAUCGUCGCCUUCACACUUGCGGGUUUUGCAUCCUAUUUUAGUCGAUACACCAGACCGUAUGCUCUCAUCGGGCUUAUGUCUUUUGCUGGCGCGACGGUUACAGUUUUGGGUAUCGAUUGUUUCAGCAGAGCGGGUUUGAAAGAAUUUUGGGUUUACAUAUGGAAUCUGAACGACAAGCUCUUCCCGCUUGAAGCUACCACAUUCCCCUUAACUAAAGGCAUAAGGGUGGAAAUUGCGGUAACAAUUGUACUAACAAUUCUGGGCUUAAUAUCUCAGCUCAAGCUUUGGCGCGUGAUUCAAGAACACCGUGUGAAACGAGCCGAAGAGCGAGCGGAAUUUCAAAGGAUGCGUGAUGAAGAGGAAGCAGAUGUUGGACGACGAGUUGAGCAGGAUAAUGACCGCGAAAGAAGACAAUGGGAAACAACAUAUGGGGACCCUCCGAUGAGCCCCACCGCUUCUCGCGACUCGGGCGUUGGAGAAAUGGAAAAUGAGAAAAAAGGACGCCUUAGUCAGACGACGGUCCAACCAGUAUCGCCUAGCGAGACCGAGGCCGAAAACGCAAUCGAGAUGGCGGAUCUCUCGGCAUCUGGAGAUACCACGUCUUCCGAGGUAGCAAAACAGGUGGACGAUGGAGUUGUCAUCGCGAACCCAGAUGAAGAUCACGGGGUAACCAUAAGGGUUUCACGAGAUGAGGGACCCGAUGGUGUCGAUGCAUCAUCGCCAAUCCCCGAACCGGAUGAAAAGGCGUGGAUGGCUGGAGUUGAUAAAGCACGGCCGGCUUCUGCUGUACUGCCCCGCAGUUCGCAAAGAUAUUCGAACGUAACUGGCCCUGAUGUUGUUCCGCUGCCGUUCAGGGUUCCUGAGCUACAUGAAGGUGUAAAUGAUGACGAUCGCUCGUCAUUUGCAACUUUUGCGGAUGAAGAUGAACGCUCUAUUACUCUAAGUAAGAGAGCGUCGAGAGCCUCUUUAUCGCAUAGGUUAUCGGUGGGUUCGGGUAAUCUACUGCGAAGUUUAUCUCAGCGAUCCCAGAAACCCAAGCGACAGACUGGGGAGUUUGAAUCGCCGCAACCGUCGCCAAGGCCUAGGGGAAGUCACGAGGAAUUGACACUUCAGGAUCGACGGCCUCAAGAAGAUAACAGAUCAGUUGCUGCCACAAUUGACGGCAUGAGUGGUGACGAGGAUGACUUUGAGCAGCCUGAAGGAGAAUCGAGAUGGACCAUGGAAAUCAAGGCAGAGCUGGCGGAUAGAUUACCGAACGGUGAAUUCCACGCCGAAGAUAAGAAGCCAACGGAACCGAAAUUAGACGACUCCGAAGCACAUCUCAAUGCAACCCGACCGUAUUCAACGACGGAGACAAUCGCUACAGGCAUCUUGAACCCGUCGCUUGCCGAAGAAAUUAUUGGAAGCAAGUCGAAACGGAGCAGCGCAACAAAUGCCACCGGAAAGAUGGCUGGAAUAAGCGAAGCCGAUAACUCUGCUAACGCACCAGAGACGAAAGCCGCUUCUGAGACAUCGAGAGCGGGCAAAUCUGUAUCUCCUUCGGCCGCAUCCUCUGCAAGCCUUACCAAAGAACGUCUCCCUUCUAGUCUGUCACGCGUUGCGCUGUCAUAUCGUACGAAUGAAUGGGCAAAGCAUUUGAGCCAUGCAGAAAAGCCUGAUCCGGAAGAGUUGCAGUUGAAUGAAUAUCCCGCACAAGAUGGACAUUCGAAACAACCAGAAAUCCCCGCACCCAUCGACGUCGAGGAACUUCAACGUACGCCUGAAGAUGGGAUACCAGCGACUUCCAUUGUGAGAUCACCCUCUACGAUGUCGAACGCUCAGUCCGCUGUGCCGGUUUACCGUUCUCUGUCGACAGCCUCUGCAGCAAACUCUGUGCAAGCCAUGCCGCCCCUAAUGUCUACGGCAGGCCAGGUACAAGACUCUAACGACAACCGUCGGCAAUCGGGCGAUGUAAUUAUUCAGCCAAUUUUGGAAGAGCGCGGCGACGAGAACAGCAUCCGAGCUAAUAUUCCUCAAGAGGCUGAUGAACCUGCUUUGAAGCCAAAUCCCCCUUCGCCGACAGAAUCCGAACCACAGGGAGCAUAUCGCACUUCCGUUCCAGGUCUCGUUUCGUACAAUAGCCCGCAAACACUUAUCGGUCAACGAGAUAUGUUCCUGCGAAGCAAAUCCCAGUCAACGUUACUCUUAACAACACCAAUUCCCGAGGGCCAGCAAUACGUCCCCAGAUCAGUCAGCCAAAUGGACUUUUCUUACAAUCACCCGACACAUUCGCCUUUCGUCGGGCAAGACGCUGACGAUAUCCCGCUCAGUCAGCGGAAGGAGCUUAUGCGUCAGAGUAGCAUGCUUUCGGUCAAACCAGCCCACGGUAACCCUAGGCCGAAUAGUACCAUGAGAAUGGCCUCCACACCUAUUCCAAGCCCAGCUCCCGUUUCCCCAAUCGCCGCUGAAGCCUCGCAAUUCGAUUCCCAUCAACCCCAACGACGUUCCACACUUCCAUCCCAGGUACAUCGCGAAGCCCAGCUUGCUAACUUCCGACAAUCUGUCGCUGCGGAGCUACGAGCGGGUACCCCAGUCUCGCCUCCCGCUAAUAAUGGUCGCGAGACACCGUUCUUAUCUGCAUCUUCGGGUGGUUUGCUAGGAGGUAUGGGCCCACGAAACGGAAUUCACGAGGUCGAACAUAAUAUUGACCAGCAACGAAACGCACUUCUCUCGCAGCGAGAGCAAGAAGCUCAACGAAAACAGCUAGAACGCCAGGAGAAGGAGCAAAAUGAACGUACGUUCGAAGAGCUGAUGCGUCGCGGCGAUCUAAUGGAUGCACAUCGGGAAGCCAUGCGUAGAAUGCAAGGCGCGGUCAAGGAUCGGUGA